AUGGCGUUCCCCGGCGCGGAGCGACUCCUGGAUUUCAGCCAGGAGUUCGACGUCGGGAUGCUCGACACCGUCGUCGGCGCGUUCUACACCCCCGGGGGAGACCCGGUCACGCGCGCGGAAGCGGAGAAGAUCAUGACGGGCCUGCAAGAGCACGAGAUGAUGUGGACGCGCGCGGACGCCAUCUUGGAGCGCAGCGCCAACCCGAACACGAAGUUUUUCGCGCUGCAGGUGCUAGACGGCGUGAUUAAAUACCGCUGGAACGCGCUGCCGGACGAUCAGCGCGAGGGGAUCAAGAACUUCAUCUCUAACUUGAUCAUCAAGCUCAGCACGGACGAGGCGAGCUUCCGUCGCGACCGCGCGUUCAUCAACAAGAUCAACAACGUCCUCGUGCAGAUCUUGAAACACGACUGGCCGCAGCGGUGGGGGAGCUUCGUCGGCGACCUCGUCGGCGCCGCGAAACAGAGCGAGUCCCUGUGCGAGAACUGCAUGAGCAUCCUGCGGCUGUUAUCCGAGGAGGUGUUCGAUUUCUCCAGAGGCGAGCUCACGCAGGCGAAGAUCAUGGAGCUGAAGAACGCGCUGAACACGGACUUUCCGCUCAUCCACGAGCUGUGCGAAUUCGUGUUGACGCACUCGAGGAAGACGGAGCUCGUGCAGAAGACGCUGCUCACGCUGCACGCGUUCCUGUCCUGGAUCCCGCUCGGGUACAUCUUCGAGAGCACGCUGCUGGACACGCUGCUGCGGUUGUCCCCGAGCCCGGACUUUCGGAACGUCGCGAUUCAGUGCCUCGCGGAGAUUGGCGGCUUGGCGGUGGAGCCAAAGUACGACCAACACUUCGUCAAGCUGUACGUCUCGGUCAUCACGCAGCUGCAGCAGAUUUUGCCGAGGAGCGUGAAGAUCGCGGAGGCGUACGCGAACGGAAGCGACGAGGAGCAGGCGUACAUCCAGAACCUCGCCAUCUUCCUCACGCAGUUUUUCAAGCAGCACAUCACGCUCCUGGAGAAGACGCAAGAGCACCAGCAGCUGCUUCUCGUCGGCCUCGAGUAUCUGCUCAACAUCUCGUACACGGACGAGCCGGAGGUGUUCAAGGUGUGCCUCGAUUACUGGCACGUCCUCGUGUGCGACUUGUACCAGAGCGACGGCGACGGCGUCAACGCCGGGAGCGGUCUCGCGGAGUUUUCCUUCGCCCCCGCGAGCGCCGGCGGCGGCGCCGGCGGCUCCACCCGACGCAUGCUCUACUCCUCCUCCAUGUCGCAGCUCAGGAUGCUCAUGGUGUCGAGGAUGGCGAAGCCCGAGGAGGUGUUGAUCGUCGAGGACGAGAACGGGAACAUCGUCCGCGAGACGCUGAAGGACAACGACGUGCUCGUGCAGUACAAGAUCAUGAGAGAGACGCUCAUCUAUCUCGCGCACCUGGACCACAAGGACACCGAGACGCAGAUGCUCGAGAAGCUGUCCAACCAGCUCAACGGGAAGGAGUACUCGUGGAACGUCCUCAACACGCUGUGCUGGGCGAUCGGGUCCAUAUCCGGAUCCAUGGCGGAGGACCAAGAGAACCGGUUCCUCGUCACCGCGAUUCGCGACCUGUUAAACUUGUGCGAGAUCACGAGAGGGAAGGACCACAAGGCGGUCAUCGCGUCGAACAUCAUGUACGUCGUCGGACAGUACCCGCGGUUUCUCCGCCUGCACUGGAAGUUUUUGAAGACGGUGGUGAACAAGCUGUUCGAGUUCAUGCACGAGACGCACCCGGGGGUGCAGGACAUGGCGUGCGACACGUUUCUGAAGAUCGCGAUCAAGUGCAAGCGCAAGUUUGUCAUCAUGCAAGUCGGCGAGCACGAGCCGUUCGUGGACGAACUCUUGCGAUCGAUCGGGACGACAAUUCGCGAUCUCGAGCCGCACCAGAUCCACACGUUCUACGAGGCUGUCGGGCACAUGAUCUCCUCGGAGGUGAACCCGGCGAAGAGGGAGGAGCUCGUGCAGCGCCUCAUGGACCCGCCGAACACGACGUGGAACCAGAUCAUGUCGCAGGCGAAGUCGCAAGGCAGCGAGUGCCUCAAGCCGCAGGAGGUGAUUAAAAACAUCGCGAACAUUCUCAAGACGAACACGUCCGCGUGCACGUCCUUAGGGCAGCCGUUCCAGAACCAGAUGAGCAACAUCUACGCCGACGUGCUCAACGUGUACCGUCUGUACUCGGAGCUCAUCAGCGCCUCCAUCGCGGAGGGCGGUCCGUACGCGUCGAAGACGUCGCUGGUGAAGGCGAUGCGAACGGUGAAGAGAGAGGUGCUGAGGCUCGUGGAGACGUUCGUGGAGCGGUGCGAGGACCCGCACUUGGUCGCGCAGCAGAUGGUUCCGCAGAUGAUGGACCCCGUGCUGGGCGAUUACGCGCGGAACGUCCCGGACGCGAGAGACGCGGAGGUUUUGUCGUUGUUCGCCGCCAUCAUCAACAAGGUGCAGGGCGCCAUGUUGGACGAGGUGCCUAAAAUAUUCGAAGCCGUCUUCGAGUGCACGCUGCAGAUGAUCACCGCGAACUUCGAGGACUACCCGGACCACCGACUGAAGUUUUUCGCGCUGCUCAGGGCGAUCACGAACCACUGCUUCCGCGCGUUGUUCACGCUCGCGCCCGCGCAGCUCAAGCUCGUCGUGGACUCGAUCGUGUGGGCGUUUCGGCACACGGAGCGGAACAUCGCGGAGACGGGGCUGAACCUUCUGCUGGAGAUGAUGAAGUACUUCCAGAGCUCGGAGUUUUGCAACCAGUUCCACCAGAGCUUCUACCUCUCUCUGAUUCAGGAGAUCUUCGCGGUCAUGACGGACGGGUUCCACAAGCCCGGGUUCAAGCUCCACGCGUUGAUCCUUCAAAAUUUGUUUUGCGUCGCGGAGAGCAACGAGCUCACCGCGCCGCUGUGGGACGCAAGCGCGGGGACGUACCCGAACAACGCCGCGUUCGUGAAGGACCACGUCGCGAAGCUGCUCACGACGUCGUUCCCGAACAUGGGGCCCGCGGAGGCGGCCGUGCUCGUCCAAGGGAUGUUCGAUUACAAGACGGACCUGACGAUGUUCAAGAAUCACCUUCGGGAUUUUUUGGUGCAGACGAAGCAGUUCAAGUCCACGGACAACAGCGCGAUGUUCGCGGAGGAGCAGGCGGCGAGGCAGACGGCGGAGCGGGCGAAGAUCGAGGCGAUCCCGGGGAUGAUCCCCGCGAACGAGCUCGAGAUGGGAGACGAUUGAGACGCGCGCGGGCGCGGGGGUUUGGACGAAUUGAAGGCGACAGAGCUCGCGAGCUGAUUAGCUGAUUAGCAGCCGCGGCGUUUCGCGCCCUCGUUGUGAGGAAACACGAACGAAUCGAAACAUC